AGCGCUGGGACACAGCUAGGGAAGUACACGAUAUCCACAUGUAUCGCCUUUCUUACAGUUUAACCAAGGCUCAUACUUUGGAGUUUGACCCAUGAUGUAGAAAUUGAUCUCAGCCUCAAACCACAGACCCUGCGUUAAUAAUUUGGCUAUCUCUGUGCUGCUGGGAGACGAGCAGGAUUUAAGAACUGGAUAUCUCUCAUCCAAGAUCUUGGAACAUCAUUAGUUGGACAGAGACUGGAAGACAUGGAAACCAGCAGCGAGACUCCGUCCCAAAGCACGCCGACCACAGGUGCUUUUAGAACCAAGUCUCUGGAAGUGGCUGACAUUGUGGUCCUGGUUUUGUACUUUGUCUUCGUACUGGUAGUGGGAUUAUGGUCCAUGUGGCGCACUAAAAGAAACACUGUGACGGGUUACUUCCUGGCCGGGAAAAGCAUGGUAUGGUGGCCUGUUGGAGCCUCGUUGUUUUCCAGUAACGUUGGGAGCGGACACUUUAUUGGCUUGGCCGGUUCAGGAGCAGCGUCUGGGAUUGCAGUCACUGCCUACGAAUGGAAUGGCUUGUUCUGCGUCCUUGCUUUGGCCUGGUUCUUUUUACCUAUAUACAUAUCAGCUGGGGUCACUACAAUGCCGGAAUAUUUACAGAAACGAUUCGGUGGGAAAAGGAUCCAGAUCUUCCUGUCCAUCUUAUACCUGUUUAUCUACAUUUUUACCAAAAUCUCUGUGGAUAUCUAUGCGGGAGCCCUGUUUAUCCAGCAGGCGCUGCAGUGGGAUCUGUACGUUGCUGUGUGUGGAUUACUUGCAAUCACUGCCAUCUAUACCGUUGCUGGUGGGUUGGCAGCGGUUAUUUACACGGACACUCUGCAGACGGUGAUCAUGAUUCUGGGCGCUUUUAUUCUCAUGGGUUACAGUUUUGUCGAGAUAGGAGGUUACGAGGCUUUGACAGAGAAGUAUUUUAAUGCGAUUCCAAAAACCAACUUAGGGAAUAGCAGUUGUGGUCUUCCGAGAGAGGAUGCCUUCCAUAUAUUCAGAGAUCCCAUCACAUCAGACCUUCCGUGGCCCGGUGUUUUGGUGGGAAUGACCAUUCCGUCUCUCUGGUACUGGUGCACUGACCAAGUCAUUGUGCAGAGAUCACUUUCUGCUAAAAAUCUGUCCCAUGCUAAAGGUGGCUCUCUAUUGGCUGCUUUUCUGAAGGUCUUGCCCCUCUUCGUGAUGGUUCUACCUGGAAUGAUAAGCAGAGUUCUGUUCACAGAUCAGGUGGCCUGUGCAGAUCCCGUGAUUUGCAAGCAGAUUUGUGGAAAUCCCUCAGGGUGCUCAGAUAUUGCCUACCCUAAAUUGGUCAUUGAAUUACUACCAACUGGAUUAAGAGGUCUUAUGAUGUCAGUUAUGAUUGCUGCUCUCAUGUCUUCACUGACUUCCAUUUUUAAUAGUGCCAGUACCAUCUUCACCAUGGACCUCUGGCGCCACAUUCGUCCACGCGCUUUGGAGUGGGAGCUCAUGAUAGUGGGGAGGGUCUUUGUCUUGGUUCUGGUGGUUGUGUCGAUAUUAUGGAUCCCCUUGGUUCAGGCCAGUCAAGGUGGACAACUGUUUAUUUACAUUCAAUCCAUCAGUUCGUACCUCCAGCCUCCGGUGGCCGUGGUCUUCAUGGCUGGCUGCUUUUGGAAGAGAACUAAUGAAAAGGGUGCCUUCUGGGGAAUGACAGCAGGUUUGGUUGUUGGAGUCACUCGAAUGGUGCUAGAUUUUAUUUAUGUUGCACCCCAAUGUGAUCAGCCUGACACUCGGCCGGGAGUAGUGAAAUACGUUCAUUAUUUAUACCUCUCCAUGAUCCUCGGAGCGCUGACGCUAAUAACCGUGGUAGUGGUUAGCUUGUUUACAGAACCUCCUUCCAAAGAGAAUGUCAGCCGGCUGACAUGGUUCACGAGGUUCGACGCGGGAGUGGAAAGUCUUGAGCAAGUAACGGAGGAGAAGAACUUGCAGAAUGGAGUUAGCUCUCUAGAAAGCAUUCCAGAGAAGAUCGAAAGUACAAGUUCCAGAGAAGUACUUAGUGAAAAUGCAACAGACGAACACUCCUCCUUUUUGUCACGUUUGAAGAAGGCCACUCUCUGGUUAUGUGGGAUGGACAGACGUGAAGAAGACGGACUUAGCCCUGCCGCUCCUCCACCUCUAGAACCAGCUGACAAGUUAUUAUACGAGCGUCCCGUGAUAAGGCACAUUUUAAAUAGCAGCGUGAUCAUCUGUAUAAGUGGCGCUGUUUUUCUGUGGGCUUAUUUUGCUUAAAAAAAACCCAAAAAAACUGGACUUUUGGUCUUGCAAAUUAUUUAACCUUUCACGAUGGUUUCCCCACUCUUUGUUGGUGAACGGUUUAUAUAUUUAUGGCAGUCCAAGUGACAAAUUUUAAAAUAAGUAAAAAUAUUCAUGUAAACGUUAUUAAGUAGCGUUAAAAGCCAGCAAAAGUACUGCACUAGCAGGUAAAUGGACAUAUUUUACCUACACCGAUACUGCAGGCAGUAAUAUUGCAGUACGGGCUGAUUAACAAAUUGUCCCUUUAAGAGGGAUAUUUGAUUAUCUAUCAAGUCCUUUGUUGUUCUGUAUUUAUUUGAGAUUUUAUAGUUUUCGUUGUCUCAUUCCAUUCCUGCGUAGAUCACGGAGAGGGCGGUCUGCUUUUGUGAUAGUAUUAUGUGUCAUCUAAUCAGAGAGACAAAUCAUUUAUCAUGGGUUGCCAUAAUUACUGGAGCAUUGUGUAUUAAAGGAAAUAUUGCUACAGUUCCAGUCAUGGUAAAUUCUGUUCCUUGUCAAGUUUAAUGCAUAGAAC